UUGUGAACCCGGGAGUGGGGAGGAUUUGGCGGUCCUGAAGCACAAGGGAGCUGGAGGGCGAGCGGCGCACGGGAGGGGUACGGCCUGAAUAGACCGGGGAGCAGCGAUUGUCCAGCGACCCUCAUGAGCGCUGGAAAAAGUGUCUCCCACGGGAACCGUCGCGUCUGACCCGACGCAAAUCCUAGACAGCCUGAUCGCUUGGGGUACAGACUUACUGGGAUACUUAACCUUGGCUGUGGAUCAUGUCCAUGGGUUUGGGGGAUCGCUUGGGACGACUGGGGGGCGCCUCUCACGCGUCCAAAGGCGGGACUUCCGGUCCCGGCCCCUACCUGGGCGGGAUUUCCUGUUUUCUUCCUAGAGAAGUGGGUCUUCCCUGGAUCCCGGGCGUGGUGGGGAGCUGGGCCCCAGACUCUCGCCCGCCCGUCUGCGACGUGCGUGCCCCUUCUUCAGUCUUACAGGUUGGGGUGCUCCACUAGCUUCCUUCUGUCCGUGGGGGACUCCCCUCUGUCCGCGCCUCCUCCUGGGGUCAGUUUCCUCACUCCACCUCGCCUUAUCCUUCUUGCUUUCACCUCUCCCUAAGAUGCCCGUCACCUGCUGCUCCCCCUCCGGGAGGGGCCGACCUCCUUGUGCCCAUCUCUCGUCUCUCGGGCCACCUCCUGGUCACUGUCCUGUUGGGUGACAGUCCAGAGAGCCUCCAGGCCUUGGCAGAGAGGUCUGUCCAGGGUGUCUAAAAUGUCACCCCUUCGACAUGGAGUCAGUGUUGACAUUGCUGCCGAGCAAGUUUACCUUUCACUUAAUUUGCACUAAGUCUUCAAAACCCGGUGUGGCUUUGACACUUGAAGCUGCCACGUUCUCAGGACUCCGAGUCGCAGUUGGCUGGUGGCUCCCACGUGGGACAGGGCAGGGCCAAGAGGGAAGGAACGUUGCAGACACGCAAGGACGUGGAUGGCGUCAGGGCGGCCUGAGGAGCUGUGGGAGGCCGUGGUGGGGGCUGCAGAGCGCUUCAGGGCCCGGACCGGCACGGAGCUGGUGCUGCUGACUGCUGCACCACCACCGCCACCCCGUCCAGGGCCCUGUGCCUAUGCUGCCCAUGGCCGGGGAGCCCUGGCUGAGGCUGCCCGCCGCUGCCUCCAUGACAUUGCCCAAGCUCACAGGGCAGCUGCUGCUGCCCGCCCCCCUGGGCCUCCACCAGCCCCACAGCCGCCCAGCCCUGCUCCCAGCCCACCCCGGCCGGCCCUGGCCCGGGAGGAUGAUGAGGAUGAGGACGAGCCAACGGAAACAGAGACUUCUGGAGAGCGGCUGGGUGGCAGUGAUAAUGGAGGGCUGUUCGUGAUGGAUGAGGACACCACCCUCCAGGACCUGCCCCCCUUCUGUGAGUCGGACCCUGAAAGCACAGAUGAUGGUAGCUUGAGUGAGGAGACUCCAGCUGGCCCUCCAGCCUACUCAGUUCCCCCAGCCUCUGCGUUGCCCACACAGCAGUAUGCCAAGUCUCUGCCCGUGUCUGUGCCCGUCUGGGCCUUCAAAGAGAAGAGGACAGAGGCACGGUCGUCAGAUGAGGAGAAUGGGCCGCCCUCCUCGCCGGACCUGGACCGCAUCGCGGCAAGCAUGCGCGCGCUGGUGCUGAGGGAGGCCGAAGACACCCAGGUUUUUGGGGACCUGCCUCGGCCACGGCUCAACACCAGCGACUUCCAGAAGUUGAAGCGGAAAUACUAAAGGGCUGGGAGAGAGCUUCCCGGGCCCGGAUCCGCCCCGCCUACACUACACCCCCGCCCCGCCCCCGGAGCCCGCCAAUCGGAAUCAGGUCCAGGACCGUCCUCCCCACGUGUCCUGGGCCGGAUUGGCCGGGCCCAGCCAAUCGCUGCCGACCUUCCAGCCUGCGUCCGCCCUGGCGGAGGAAUGGAAUGUGUACUUUUCCCCAAUUGGAUCUGUCGCCCCUUUGUCCGCCCAGCGACAGAGUUGUUCUUUAAAAGGAUUGGCUUGCUCCCAGUUGGGAGCGUGGCUUGUCCUAAACUUAAUGGGUCAACUCUUGCCUAGCGCCAAAGCCUCUGGUCGCGCGGCAUUGGCUCCAUCCCGGAAAGAGCACAGCCAAGCCCGAGGAUUGGGUAGUAGCCUAGUGACUGGGCAGCUCUUUCAUUUUGUUGGCCUGGAUGCCGUCAAGGGCUUGAUCAAUGUCCCAUCCGCCCUUCCUGAGUCCUGCCGCCUAAUUGGCUCCAGCCUCCUGGGGGCAUGGCCAAGCCCUCUUCCUGUUCUAGAAUUGGCCUGCGGCCUUCAAUUUGCCUUUUUACACUACUGGGGUUGGAGUCAUUUUUGACCAAGUCCUGACAGUUGUACCCGUGGUCCCCUCAGGGAUGGCCCAGUCCAAUCCCUGCAUCUUACUGGUCCCAUCCUACAACAGCCUGCCAAUCGAAGCUCCGUCCUUGCACCCAGGACGGUACCAGCUCCCGCCCCUCAUCUCCCACCCCCACAGGUGCCUUAAAGGGCCCUUGUCCACCCAAGGUUGGGGGCAGGGGGCCUCACUCUCCGGCCCUGGUGUGGGGGAGAGAGUGGGGGAUGGGAACCGGGAGUUGGGAGGGGCGCUCUGAGAUUAAAGAGUUUUAUCUCUGACCAGAGAGUGCGAAGUGUAUUAUGUGUGUUACAUUUCCUAAGGGCGAAGAACGCCAUUUCAUUGAUUGUCAGUGCAAAACCAGUUUUACGUAAGAAAAUGGGAGAUAACGCGAGGUCGGGGGAACAUGCCAGUCCAGUGUUACCGUGGAACUCCCAGCUUCAGGGACUGAGUGGUCCCCUUAAGGAAUCAGUCUCUGGAGCCUUCUUGUUCGUCGACUGAGCACUUUCCCACCAUAAAGCAGCUAAAGCGCUGAAGGUGUGGCUGACACAGCAGGGCGCCUGCCUCCUUGGCAAAGGUCUUGAGUUAACUCUAGUUCCGGGGGGGGGGGGGAAUCCUAAAGCCAGCUGGAGGUUCGAGCGCAGGUGGACCCUGGUUCGAAAUUAGGGCUAGGAAAACGGAAUUUCGACUUCCCAUCAGACCAGCACCUGAGGGACGUUAACAAUGGAGGAGGCUUAAUUAAAGAGGCCUUGCCACACUUCCAUAAGUGUUAGCUCCUGGUCCUCCUAACCCCGCGGGGUGGAAGCAGGUAUUUCCACUCAUCCCAUAGGAAAGCAGCUUCCUCCCAACGUAACUCCACCAAUGGAGGUGG